UCGGUCGGAAAUCACUUCACUCUCACAUAGGCUGUCCGCCGUGUAGACGCGCAAGAAAGCUGCGGCAAGAUCGCGACUCCCGGCGUUCUUCGUAACUGUCACAAAACACAGAACGGCGAACUGAUGAUGAGAACGAGCGCGCACUGGACAUUACCGGACAUAUGAAGGUUUUUUCGGUUUUUACUACAUGCAGGCGUCCACAACACACUAAUUUAUUGAAGUAAGUUUUGGAGGAUGUCUGCGUAAACCGUGUGGAAUUGGAGGUUUCGGGAUGCUGUGAUCCCGGUCCGGAGUUACGUUGGUUCAGGGUUUCCUAUCGUGCGCAAAGAGAGGACACUUCUCUCAGAUGUGCGUAACCAUCAGCCAAGUUACGCGAUAUUGUUUUCUGACCGAAGAGACUUUUCACUGCAAUUUAAGCGGACACUCGAUGUUAAAAGAGAAACGGAGAGCUGACGGCGGGAAAAGGGAGCUGUUUUAUAGCGAAAGGAUUGCGGUGGUGCUGAAUUUUGGAUACCAAAAGUGCUUGGUUUGAGGUGUGGAGAGGGAACGCGGCGGUCGCCCCGGCUCCAUCACUCAAGACUAGAAGCGAGAGGAGUGAUUUUCCGUAAAGACUGAUGAUGUGUCAGAGUACCCAUGCAAUGUGGUCACAGUGGAGUGCCAUGCUACUGUGGAUUUUGCUUCUCCUCUGUUGCUCCGUUGUCAACUCCAUCAUCUACCAGGUGACCGAGGAGCAGCCGCCCAACACGCUGAUCGGCAGCCUGGCAUCUGACCAGGGCUUGCCAGACACCGGGCACCUUUACAAGCUCGAGGUGGGUGCUCCUUACCUUCGUGUGGAUGGCAAAACGGGAGAAAUCUACACCACGGAGAUCCCGAUCGACCGGGAGACUCUUAAGGACUGUCGCAACCUUUUCGAGGGUGAUCCUUGUUUCCUCGAAUUUGAGGUAUCUAUUACAGACCUGAUGAAAGGCACUGGACCUCGACUCAUCGAAGGUCGCAUCGAGAUCUUGGAUGAGAAUGACAACACUCCGCAGUUUUCCUCGCCUGUGUUGACAUUGUCGAUCCCAGAGAACACACACGUGGGUGCGCUUUUCUCGAUUCCGGUGGCCACCGACAAGGAUUCUGGAAGCAACGGCAUCGCCGAUUACACGCUAACAACCGGCCCUGAGGCUGCCAACCUUUUCAGCCUACAAGUGGCACAAGACUCGGAUGAGAAACUGCCGCAACUUAUUGUAUUGGGUAACCUGGACAGAGAGCAGCGAGAUUCGUAUGACCUCAACAUAAAAGUGGUUGAUGGCGGCUCUCCACCCCGCCAGAGUAGCGCCCUGCUCAGGAUCUCCAUUACUGAUGCCAAUGACAACGCGCCCAAAUUUGAGAAGUCACACUACGAGGGUGAGCUGCCUGAAAACAGCCCACCGGGUCAUUCUGUUCUACAAGUGAAGGCCAAUGACUCUGACAUGGGACCCAAUGGAGAGGUGACCUACAGCAUUCAUCAGGCAUCAGCACCAGCUCAAAGGCUUCUCGGCAUUGACCGUAACACCGGCAUCAUUUUCGUUAAAGGUACGGUGGAUCGUGAAGAAUGGAGCACACACAAGUUCUACGUCCAAGCUAAAGACAAUGGUCCCCAGUCCAAGAGCUCCAAAGCCCUUGUGACCAUCAUAGUCAAAGACCAGAAUGACAACAGACCUUCAAUCAAAAUCCGAGGCAUUGGCCUUGUGACGCAUGAAGAUGGCAUUGCUAACAUAUCAGAGGACAUGCCAAUCGGUACUGCUGUAGCUCUGGUAGAGGUGUCUGACAAUGAUGAGGGCGAGAAUGCUGUUGUGACCUGCGUGGUUGCAGGGGACGUACCAUUCCAACUGCGUUCAGCAAGCGAAAUGGGUAAUGACCGUAAAAGGAAGUACUUCCUCCAGACAACCACACUGCUUGACUACGAAAGGAUCAAAGAGUACAGGAUUGAAAUUGUAGCAGUGGACUCCGGCAACCCUGCACUGUCCAGCACAAACUCCUUGAAAGUGCAAGUGACCGACAUGAAUGAUAACACUCCGGUCUUCUCGCCCACUUUGUACAUGGUGGAAUUUGCUGAGGAGAACCAACCAGGUGACAAGGUUCUGGACGUAGUAGCCACAGAUGCGGACAGUGGAACUAAUGCAGAGUUGAUAUACAGUAUUACUGGUGGAUCAAUCCCUGAGGGGCUUUUUGAAAUUAACUCCAACACCGGAGAAGUGCGAGUGAUGAGCCAGUUGGACCGUGAACAGUUAGAUCACUAUCAAUUUUUGGUUGCAGCAGCUGAUAAAGGUGUGCCAAGCUUGAGAGGAACAGCCACCGUUGUUCUUAAGGUGCUAGACAGGAAUGACAAUGAUCCUAAAUUUAUGCUGAAUGGCUACAGCUUUUCAGUUCAAGAGAACAUGAAGCCUCCUAGUCCUGUCGGAAUGGUGACUGUCAAUGAUUAUGACAAAGGCGAGAACGCUCAUGUUCAACUAUCUGUAGAACCUGACAACGGCAAGUUCAUUAUUCAGAAUGGAACGAACACAAUUCUUUCAACCAUUUCCUUUGACAGGGAAAAGGAAAGCACCUACAGUUUCCGACUCAAAGCCGUCGAUGGAGGUGACCCGCCACGUUCCUCUUAUGUGGGAAUAACCAUUAAUGUGCUGGAUGAUAAUGAUAAUGCUCCAUACGUCACUAAGCCGUCCAACUCCUCAUACAAGUUCUUGAAUCCUCGAACGAGCCCAGAAACUCAUGUAGAAAGUGUUGAGGCGGAAGACAUUGAUAUUGGGUUGAAUUCAGAACUGGAGUUCAGUAUCGUAGGGGGCAAUCCCCACGGAUUGUUCCGCAUUUCUCCAGAAGGUGAGGUUACGUUGGCUAAAGAGUUCACAUCGAAACACAUCGGUCUCCACCGCUUAGUGGUAAAGGUUAAAGACAAAGGCACACCAGCACGUCAGACAACUUCACUGGUCCACAUCUAUGUUAAUGAGACGAUAGGCAACGUAUCCCAUGUUGAAGGACUUGUUGGACACAGCCUUUACACACCCCUUGAAAUGGACAUUGCCGGAGAUCCUGACUAUUCUCGGGACUUGCAUAGUAACAUUCUUUUGGUCGCAAUCUUGUGCGCCUUUUUGGUGGUCAUUUUGAUCAUUGUAGUGGCAGUGGUUAUCAGGCGUGUAAUGCUGAAGGAAAAGAAAAGCGGCUACCAGGCAGGCAAGAAGGAGAGCAAAGAUUUAUAUGCCCCUAAACCGGGACCUAAGAGCAACAAGAACAAAAAGGCAAAGAAAAGCAAAGCUCCGAAGCCUGCCAACCCAUCUGAAGAGGACGAGGGGGGAAGUCUUCAAAAAGGCUUAAAGUUCAACCUCAUGAAUGAUAGCGUCACAGAUAGCCCUAGGAUUCACCUGCCGCUCAACUACCCUCCAGGGAGCCCUGACCUGGGACGACACUAUCGGUCUAAUUCUCCUCUGCCUUCCAUUCAGCUUCAACCUCAGUCACCUUCUGCCUCAAAGAAACACCAAGCAGUGCAGGACCUGCCAGCAACCAACACCUUUGUAGGAACCGGGGAUAACAACUCCACGGGCUCGGACCAGUAUUCGGAUUACAGCUACAAGGCCAACCCUCCCAAAUAUAGCACCAAACAGCUCCCCCAUCGUCGAGUGACCUUCUCCACAGCCAAUCAGGCACAAGAUCUCCAGGAUCCCUCUCAGCACAGUUAUUAUGACAGUGGUCUGGAAGAAUCAGAGACGCCCAGCAGUAAGAGUUCUUCUGGGCCUCGUCUCGGGCCCCUCGCCCUACCUGAAGACCACUACGAGCGCACCACCCCUGACGGCAGCAUCGGAGAGAUGGAACAUCCCGAGAAUGGACCAGCGCACCAUGCCCUGUAGACAUUCUCUCCAGAGUGCAGCAUGUUGGACAUUCACUCAUGCUGUCAAUCAAAGCUGUCACCAAAGGCCAUUUCAGAGUUCCCACUGGAGGCUUCAUGCAUCACCAUUACAGCACCGCCUGUAGCUGCAUGAUACAAAUGGGUCAGAAUGGGCAAAAGCUUGCAGUGUCUCCCGUCCUCUACAACAUCACGAGACAAACAGAACAGUUCUGUUUACAGAACUGCUGCAAAACACAAAAUUUGUCUUAUUCUCUCAUUUCUGUCUUUCUCUUACUUCAUUUCAAAUUCACUUUAUUUUAAUUACUACACCCCGUUUACACAAAAAGUGAGCAAUGUGACACGGUGCGACAUGAUGUACCAUAAAUAGAUGGCUCUCAUUAUAAUCAAUGAUGCUGUCACAUGGUGGUGCUGCGUUAGCCUUCUGGCUACAAGAUUUUAUGGUGGUCUGUUUUCCGAUCUCUCCCAUGUGCUGUUUUGUCAGUUCUGGUUGGUGAAGGGAAUAGCUGUGGUCUUGUACUUUCCUGGUGCUAAUUGGUGCAAAUCAAGACUAGAAAAUGUCAGCAUCAGAAAAACAUGAAAAACAUCAGAACAACAAAGAAAGCUUGUUUUUGAUCCAGCCACUUGAAAUUGUUUCGCAUUUUUCCAACCUGAUCUCUACUAUUUUACGCAGUGGCUAAUUAGUAUGAAUUCAUGCGACGUGAAUCUUACAAAAACAUAGAAAACGCCAUGCUAAAGCCUCUCACCUAACCCCACUCCUUAACCUAACAUCACAGUUGUGGAAGCAGAUCAUACAAAUUAGCCACCUUGUAAAAUAGUUACAAAGUCCCUUGAGAUUGUGUUGAUUAAUCUUGUGUCGAUUUAUCUUGUGUCUAUUUUUUUUUGGGGGGGGGGAAACUGUGUUUGCUGUUAUAUAUGAAAAUAGCUGUACUUGUCUGUAUUCCAAGUUGAGUUGUGAUUGAAGACCACUCACUGGUUAAAGAAAAGGGAUACACACUGCAUUUUUCCAUAUAAGUGUUCCAUCCUAGAAUAUGGCUUUGAGGUCUGCGAUCCACAGGAAGACAAUAUCAACUACCUCUAAACGUCUUUUUAACGAGGCUGAGGGUCGAACCCCCCCUCUGUCUGUAAAGCACUGUGUUGGUUACUUCUCAGUGGUCAGUAGUGGCCAUGCUGACCGGUGUCUGGCUAUCUUUAAUAUCGCUCACUGUCAUGCCUCACAAAAUUCUCUUUUUCUCUCUUAUCUUUCUGCAUUUCCCUCUCUCUUUCACACCAGCUGAACUUCACAGCUUAAUACAGCAUAAUUUAUGCUGCAAACGGCCUGCUAAUAGUCUGAGGCCUCCUCUCUUUAGGAGGUCACGGGAAAGAUCAAUUCUAUCCUUUUCAUCUCUAUUUGUUUCCAGGAGAAUGAUUAUACUGCGCUGAUCCAAUACAAAUCUGCAUAUGUAAUAGGCUUUUUGUACAACAUAGAUAAAGUUUCUAGACAAAGUGGUGGCCAACGAGGGCGCUGACAAUGAAUGACUGAGUAACGUUUAUUCGGCAAGCUUACAGCAGAUUUGAAAACAGAGGGGUGUCUCAAUCAUGUGCUCUCUCUUAUUUUUCCGUGCUUUAUUACACACACAAACGCACUCACACUGCCUCUCAGAGGAACAGAGGGGUCUGAUCUUGCCCUGGGCAUAGGGAGUUGUGCUCAUACUGUGGAAAGAAGCUGUUGAUUGUGGAGAGGUCCCAUAAUCCUCGCAGGCUGAAGAGUGUAUGGGCGCAUGUGCGUAUAGCCACGGCGACGCUCCUUAGGGGGAGGAAAUACACAUUACGGGUCAGUUACUGUCAAUGGAGCCCGUCCGCUCAUCUGGAGGAAUUGUACUUGGGAGAGCUAGUAGUAGUCGAAAGAGUAAAACCGUAGUUUAUGUCUAACUGACGCUUUGAUUUGUGAAAAAAUAUACCUGACAUAGUAGAUCAACCCAUGCUUCACUCUAACAAUCCCAUUUCACACCAUUUAAUCAAUUUACUGGGCCUAACCAUAGGAAAUGGAAAAUAAAUAAACAAGUGGAUCAAAGCUUUCAAGAUCUAAUUGGGGUCUAACCAGGUGUGUACUCUGUAUCUGACAGCGGUCUUCACUGUAAACAUUUGUUUUAACGAGAAGCAACAGAACGCGAGCAUGUCAGUUUAAUGACCGGCGCUAGUUCGCGUGAAAGACGGCGAUUUUAUCUCCAUCAACAAGCAAUUAGCUGCGUCUCGCUGUCUUUCUCUCUUUUCUCCAUGAUCAAAGAAUGUUUUUUUCAAGUCUGAGAUCUAAGUAGAAAUCAGUCACAGGAAGGAAACAGUCGUCCACCUGCAGAUCUGUAGAAUCACUGAAACCCUUCCUGGGCUUUUGAUACCGAACAUCUAUGUGUCUAAAUGUGGAUUCUUCUUUGAGGAAAAUGUUUUUUUUUGUUGUAUUUUUACAAGAGAAAAACAUUUCAAUAGGUAGUUUUUAAAAAAUCAAAUAGCUUUGGAAAACACUCCUAAUCCUAGCCUGAUUUUACAGGUAUUCAUAACUAGUAUUCAAGUCGGCUAAUUUGUAGAUAAAUUCAUACAAUGUGAAUCAUACACAAGUGUAUUAGAAAUAAGCUAAAUUGAAGCCCCUUCCCUAACCUUACCCAUAAACCUAAUUUCACUGACAAUGAAAGCAAUUCGUACUAAAACAUACAAAUAAUAUUGUUCAAAUUCAUACGAAUUCGCCACCUUGUGAAAUAUUUACAAAUUCCAGUGUGAUUGUGUUUAGUGAGUCAUUACUGUACAUUAUACAACUAGUAGAGUUUACUAGUAGUAAAAUCUUGGCUGAGCUGCAUGAUUGAAAUCUUUUGUAUAAUUUGUAUCUACUAAAUGGAACAUUUUUAUUCAGAUUAUUAAUUUUUAACGUAAAUUAUAAAAAUAUGUGACUGCCAAUACUUCAACUGACCUACCAGAAUCAAGUAUUCCAGAGAGUUGUGGUAUACGCACCACACAAGCUGGCUAGUGUGGAAAAAGAGAUAGAAAAAAUCACAGCGAGAAGAUGAGAGCAAGGUACAGGGAAAAAACAUGAGAGAUGAAGAGGCCCAGCGCUAGCUAAGAGGAUUAAUAGUCAUACGUUGGCAUGGAGACUAAGUUGGUCACACUAUUAGACAACCUUGCCUUUAUUGUAACUGAUGAGUGAGCUGUCGUCUGAAAAAUCCAAGGCAGGAAGCGCAGAAGGAAUGAAAGAAGAAAAGCACGAAACACUCCAGCGGUCUGCAAAGUCUAAGAAGUCAGACACGUCUCUUUCAGAUCCGACGCUGCGACAGUUACAGAUUUUUUCCCUUCUUUUUGUCAAUGCCGUCUGGAAGUCUAAACAGUCACUCACGGUGCUUUUGUCUCGGUGCUGGAUGGAUCCUCUGACAUCAUGGUUGUUACAGCUGAGCACUCAUGGAUGAAGAAUUGAUGCGCAAUCUCAAGCAGGCCACCCUGUAUCUCAUAUCAGUACUUUAUGAUGAUGCUCUAUAGGGUUUAUGAGGCUUUUAUUGUCAUUUGAAAGAUUUUGGGAACUUUUCGCCUCAGGGACUUUUAGAAAAUAAAAUGCCACCGUAAUAACAUUUCCACCACAUCAUUUAGUUUUGUACAGUAUUGAGGUUGAUAGCAUUUUGCGAUGGAAGUGACAUUUUUGGAAGGAAUUGUCAGGAUUGUUUUGUCUUGUUAAGGAUAAUUACAGCUCGCAUUUUGUGUAUCCUAUAUACACACAAUUAAAUAGCAGUUUCACAGUUUCACAGAUUUGCUUUUUUUAAAACAGCACGCUUGAAAAUGACACCCAAUAAACACAUCACAUCACAAAACAAAUCUUUAAACAUGCCUCACUUCACAUUACGCUUCAAUACACCUGUCUACAAACUACACAAACAUUUGACAAAACUUUAUAAGUAUCAGUGUUUUGGUUGUAAUAGAAAUGAAACCUGAUUAGUUCUUUUUAUUUGAUCAAAAUCUGUUCUUCCUUUAAGUGAAGAAAUAUCUGAGUUUGACCAAAGAGAAAAAGCUCAACCAUGACUGACAGACAGGUCGCCACAACAGCUGCUGUGCCCUGUGUGGUGCCAAGGGUGACUCCCCUCUCUCCGGCACCCUCCCUGGGUUCUGGCAGUCAAGCCCAGCCUUGUUCAUAUUAAUACUGACACACACACAUGCAUACGCUGUUACAUUCUAUCCCACUGAUACCAGGUACCCUCUGUGUACUUAAAUGCCCCAUGCUGGGCCUCUGGCACAUGCACACGCACACACAUGCAAUCAUGCUGAUUUGUCUCACUGUGUGGAGAUAAUAACCAGCACUACCUGUGCGGACGACUCUCAAACUUGCCGUGAUUAUAAUGUACUCUAAAUGUCUAUAACAGAAUCGUAUUUUUCACAAUAUGGAAAAUAAUGUGCUAUGCAGUGUAGAGUACCUGUAUGCUUGGACAAAAAAAGACUUUCAACAUGUGUUUUCUGCUACAACACCUGUCUGAAUCAAUACAAGGUCAGGAAGUUAAAUUACACCCUUGAUUAUCUCGCCCUCACCUUCAAUGGCAUAGAAAAUAAAAAGAGCUGUAAUGGUAUCAAACCAACGAUAACCAACCAUAUCGGUUCAGUUUUCAAACAAUGGACUUUAGUCUAUUGACAUGGACUAUAUAAAUCAGUGCAUCGUUGUCUUAUAAAUUUAAUGUUGCCAUGUCACUUCUGCCGCCAUAAAUCACCGUUAGUCAUUCAGCUGCUGAUACCAAGCAGAGGAUGUGGAGAUGUUGGGAGACUCGCACUUUGUUGUCACGUAGUUAGACAAGAGACAGUAUAAUUUACAGCUGUCUGAUGAGCGCCGCGCUUAUGAUUGUUGGACGGCGUGAAUAAUGGCCAUAGGAAAAUAGACGAAUGGAGAAAUAGAUAAACAAAGACAUCAACAAACAAUGAAGCGUCAGUCUGAAUAUGAUCACAUUUGUCGGCAGACGCCAGUGAAGCGUUUAUCCUCGUUCAGAGAUAGAAUAAGGGCCAACCCCUUGUCAUUAUUGCGUUAUUUGACAGACAGCUUUGUCGUGUUAGUGAGGAUCAUACAGAACUAUUGGUUUGCCAACUACGUGAAGAAAAGCGGAUGCAAAACAUUAAUAAAUAUACGUAGAGGGAGAUUUUAUCUCCUGUAUUUUCUUUGCUUUGUUUUUCUGUAUGCUCCACAGAUAGAACUCAAAUCAUUGAGCCAUCUCGCUCUGUCUUGCACGCUCACUCGUCCUCUUCUCAAUUUAUUCCCUAUCUCUCUUUUCACGCUGUUUGGUGUCGGAUUAGAGCUCUUGAGCUAUGUUUAAAUGGUGUUUAUGCAAAUAAUCACUAGCCUCAGCACAAUUAUUUAAAGUGCUAACAACAGAGAAACGCAUCUCGAUCAGCCAGACAGAAGUCACACUCCCACUCACUGUGGCCAUCUGGUGCAACACACUUUUUACCUUUUUUUCUGGUUGAAAGUUUGAGAUAUUUUUUUAUUCAAUUCAAGUUUAUUUAUUAAGCGCUUUUCACAAUGUGCAUUGUUCCAAAGCAGCUUUAAAGGAGCAAAUAAGAAAAUCACAGAAAGGUAAAACACAGCCCAGUGCAUGGUGUUUAUAGAGCAAGCAAGAUCAUUCUUAAUAAAUAAUACAUAAUUAAUACAUAAUUAUAUAAACAAAUGCAGUCUCCCGGUGAGCAUGUCAACACUGCACUGCCUUUACUUGAUUAUCUCCAUGUGUCACAAUCAGAACAUAGUUUGAAGGUCAGGGCUACUAAUAUUCCUUGAUUUGUGGGCUUUUGAAGAGGUGCAAAUUUUAUUUUGAUCUUUUAUGUUUUCAGAACCUUGUAUUUAUGAAGAUGUCAUAUUUAUUUAACAAGCCCCUGCUGAGCUUGUAUAUAGAUUAUUGCAACUAGAGGUAAACUGAGGUGUGUGUUCUUGCCAAGGUCUAGAAUUAACACCCGCUACGCGCCAAAGGCAAGGAAGGAUUGGUUUUGGCGUGUAAAUCAAACUUGCCAAUUGACUUGUAACUCAGUUAUAAAGUAUCUGCCAUCUCUAGUUUCCACUAGUUUUAGUAAAAAUAGCAUUUAAUAAAAAUAAAAAAGUCUUUAUAAUGCAGGUUUGCCUUUUUAAUGGAUAUUUAUGCAUCAAAGUCCCCAAAAAUAUCUAGAAAUAGAUGAAACAUGGUUAUGAACAACAUAAAUAAGUUCUGAAAAAAAAUCGUCAUAUAUUUGAUUAUACACCAAUUUUGUUAUAAUCAAAUUAUAUAAUAUAUUAUUAUUAUAAUAACAUCAUAUAAUUUUAAAUCGUAAUUUAUUUAGCAACUUUUUAUGGUUUUUACCUACUACAUUUUUUUUCUUUUUAGAUCCAUCCCUCCUUUCUCUCUCUCAUUGUAGCAUUUUCCCGCAUCUGUGAACAUCAAAACAUCAAUCGAUCGGUCAGUCGGUCAUCCGGUCAAUCAAGCAAUCAAGCAAUCAAGCAAGGAAUAGAAUAGAAUAAGCAAGGAACUAUAAUAUCAAUACCAUAUUACUCAUACCCUCCUGUCCUGUGCGUUUCUUGACAAUCUAGCAGUUGUCAGUUUGUGCCCAGUAGCAUCUUUGAUAACUGAAGAAUAACUGUGCGGCUGAGGUGACUUUCGGGUGCUCCAUUUGCAGAAUCAAACUUCAUUUUAAAGGUGAGAGUCGCUUGGGGAAGCAUGGAUAAAGGUGGAGGCGGAGGGCUUAUGUGGCACAAACAACAAUAACGCAUCACGUUAGGAGGUAACCUCUGACGCAGGUGCUUGUGGGAAGGUGCUAAACGGGUGCAGUGGCAGGCUGAGCCUCAUUAGUCCCAGAUGCUGCCCGACACACUCGCGGGCCUGCAUACACACACUCCGACAGAUGUCGAGGUGGCAGAGGUGAGGGCCGGGAUUGGGGGGGCUCUUGUCUCAGUGAUUAGAUCUGAGAAAACAGCUUGAGCGAGGCCACUAAAAGUCGUGUUGGAUGCACCCUAAGUCGUAAACCACUGACUGCGUGUAUACAUGUGCACAUGAAACACACCUCGUAUUCAUUAUAAUGGAAUCUUUGUGUUCAACCAUACAAUUAUCUUUUUCGUAUAAUACGACUUUAAAUGUGUAUUUGUGCAUUGCGAGUUAUGGUGUUGGAGUUGUGGGAUCGAAUCCAUAGGUUAUAGUUAACAUAACAAUAAAAUGGCACCCCUGCCCAAAAUAAAUUAGUGAUUUAAAUAUGUAAACGUGUUCCUACAAAUAUUUUCCCCUGUCCAUUCUUAAUUUAAACAGACAACUAAAUUAAUCAACAUGUUGUUUGCUUGACCUGCUCAACACAGCAAUAUGGGGCACUACUAAUAAUGUGGGUGCAAUUCCAUUCAGUGCCACUAGAGGCGUAAAACAUCACCCAGUUCUCUGUAAAACUAAGUCUGUAUAUUUUAUAUCACACUCAAUCUAUGAUAAUGACGUACAGUUUAUACGCAUAAUUUCCGCACCUUACACCUGCGUGUCAGAAACGAUGGCUCAGCAGGCAAGCAGCCCUGAAUACAAAGCCAGCUCGUUGCAUUUAAUGCAGUGAUAAAAAGUCCGUGUCUGUAUUAGUGACACACAGAAUCCGUAAGGCGAGCACUGGUCUCUGGACAGAUUGCAGCAGCUGGUGUUUGUGUCAGUGGGUACAGUGAAGCAGUGGCUGAAACUGUUACCGUGCAGUGCCUCAUUGCCUACUGAUGAGAUGAAAUGUCAGUUGCAUUUCUCCUGCUGAUCUGCACCCGGUAGGCAAGCUGUGCCUACUGUGUGCGGAGUCUGUGUCCUAACAUCGUAAGAGACCUCUGGAUCAGCCGUUGGCUGUAAAAGCAGCGUGGGCCAGCAGGAAUGGUAGUGGAAAAAUAUUGUAGUCGCUCUUGCUCUAUUUGUGUAACAACAGGUGUAUCGCAACAAGACAGAACAGCAUAUCUUGGCAAUGGUGACUGGGACUGCAUGGAAACUUCUUGGGGACUUUUUUAUUUUUGUCAUUUUUUGUUCCUGGACCUGAUUGGGCUAGGGUGCUGUGUAUUAUUAUGGACAACAGCACGAGAGAACACAACCACGACACGGCCAUCUGUGUAGCGCAGUGUAUGUGUGGUCUAAGGGGAGCAGGUUUGUACUAACCAAUCCAUAAAUGAACUUUGCAAAACACUGUAUAUACUUCAGAAAGUUUUGAACAUGCUCUGUGUGCAUCACUUGAAGCCUUGUUAAGAAUAUUUUUUCUUUUUUGAAUGAUCACAGCAGUAAUAUAAAUGCAAUAAUUAAAUGUAAGAUUGCCAAAUAAACAUAAAAGCUCUAAUCCUGACUAGAUAGAAUAAUUUUUUGGUCUUGCCCCCUGGCUCUUAUGUUUGUUGACACACAUUCGUCCAAAUAUGUUUUAAAGGAAAGGUUCACCCAAAACAAAUCAUGUCAACCCAAAGCUGUAUGACAUCAUUUCAUCCAUGUAACACAAAAGGAGAGAUUUUGAAGAAUUAUGCUGGUUACUUUUUUCCAUGCAAUUGCAAUGAACAAAAUUUAAGUGAAUACUGAUUUAAAUCAUACUGUAUAAGUGUUUUAUAUUGUUUUGGCAUCCUUGAUCCUGAUGCUUGAAAGAGCAACCAGCACAAGUCUUACAGUUCUCUAUUUGUGUUCAACGGAAUGAUAAUCUAUCACAUGGCUUUGGUCGUUCUGAGUGUAAAAAGUUUUUGGGUCAACUAAUCCUUUUAAUGCACUAUUAUUUCCAAUUUACUUUUUCAAAAAGAUAUUUUGCAUGGAAUGUGUUGCGUUCCAGUAAGUGAGUAGUAAGUCGUAUCUAUCCUCUUGUAGGUGCUGUAACGGGCGUUGACCAAGAGAAGGGGGCCGGCCAAAAAAGACUGCCUUAAACAUUCUUCUUUUUUCAAAAUGUUUUUCUCCUAAGCGUACUUUUUCCUUUUUGCUCUGCUGAAGUAGGACAGAGCUUGCCUCUUGUCAAAGAUUGCGAUAACACAUAUCUCCUCAUCUCUGAAAUAUAUAUAACUACCUUUUGUUGCACAUAAGCAAUGAGAAAACCAGUGGACAGACUCGGGAGAGGAAAAGCAGACUGAAAAUUGUCUUUUCAAUGGACGUGGGCGUCUAUUCGCUGAUGUUUGUCAACCCACCUUGGCGUUUUUAUAUUUUUUUCCGUAGCUUUUUGGGAGUGGAUAUCUCUCAUCUAAGGAUACUGUUUGGAGUUGGAUCUACUCUAACUAAUGGAUUUAUGAUAUCGUCAUUUUUGCCUCAGCUGUGCAUUUCUCCCCUUUGCUAUGAACACUUUUGUAUGGACUAGUACGUUCCUAUCUUCUCCCAUCUGUUUUCAACCCAAUUGGAGGCUUGUUAACAUUGUAAUCAUCCAGGUUUUUGGUAGGUAUGUCUUUCUUCUGUUCCUCCUCUUUUUUCAUUCUCUCUCCUUUCUCAUCUGCCCUCUCCUUCAUUUUCUUCUCUUUGUCUCCCUCUCUCUACCACAAGCAGACCCAUUCACUUCUCCUAAAACUCACAUAAGAGUACUUAAAAGCUCAUCUUUAAUGCACUCUGACUUAUUAUCAAAUACAGUGGCAGUAUUUUUCAACUCACUCAUAAAAAGGAGGGAAUGUUUUAUACAAAAAUGAGAGAAAAGACUGAAUUAAACCACACUUUGCACUUUUUUAUUCUUGUAUCCCCUCCAAAAGACUUAGUAAAUAGAGGGGAGAAUGGAAACGACGCUUAGAUGAGAACAUUAUCUCAGUUUUGGCCUCCGCAGAUGUGUGUGCUCGUGAACCCAAAUGGAGCUCAGUGCCAUAGAGUUUCAGUGUUUGUUAAUUAGAUUGGGUGACUGUAACAUAACAGACUCCAUUUCCUGCCUCUCUCUCUCUCUCUUUCUCUGAAAGCAUUGACCUCUUCGCCUCACACCAUUCAAUGACUGUGCCACAGUGUUACACAGACACCAAAUACACACGAGGAACUGAGGAAGUGUUUAUGUGAAUAAUGUAGAUAUGUAACUAGCUGAUAUUGAAUGAUAUUUAUCAAACAUAUAUAAAUAUAUGGCACAUUUACCUGA